AUGAUCCUAAGUCUCUGUGAUUCUACACACCUUGUGCCUGAAAAGGAUCUACGACUCGGUUGCACAAACAACUAUUAUGUCAUCGUGACUCAUUAUUAUUUUCUUCUUCUCACUAAUUUUAAGCUCAAAAAGAAAAUUUUCAAGAAGAAAGAAGAAAAACAUAGGACGGCUCACGAUAGAAUGAUUGGAGUAAUGCGAUUUAUCAACGCAUGGGCAUACGUUGCGGGGCUGCAAUUCACAGAUGAUUGGAAAAGAAAUGGCAGAAUUGCGUUCGCUGUUUUAGUGAACUUUAUAACGCUGUUAUGUGGUGUCUACAGCGUAUGGUAUUAUUUUCCGACAGAAAAUACCUUCCUUGUGACGGGAGUGUUUGCCUUUAAUGCUGUGGUUUGGGUAAAAUUGAUUGUUGUUGUUCUCAAACACGAGAGAUUCAUGUCGGUAGUGCAAUUCAUUUACAAAGUGUUUAAAAGCAACACAUCAGGACCGCGGGACCGCAUCCUCAGUAGAGUAACAAAGAUAAUUAAUUAUCAUAUGGCAAUUAACAUUUUCUGUUUUUUGGCGGGAUAUGUUUUCUACUCAGCUUUUCCGUUGUACGAUUUUAUUUUCAACGGAAAAUUGACUUUAGUGUCUCCGGGGAUAGUGCCAUUGAUUGACUGGACCAAUAUCCGAGGUUAUUUCAUUACAAACGGCUUCAAUGUGUGUUCUGGGAGCUAUUGCCUUACUGUUUGUAUUGCCGUUAGUUCAUUAUUCUUCGCGUUUGUUGAUGCAUACGAUGGCAUGGUUUCUCUAAUCGAUAAUGAUUUUGGGACAUUUAACGAAAUGUGCGAAAUAAAGCAAUGCGGUAUGGCGUACGAUGCGGUGUUUCAAAAUAUAAUAAUUCAGUUAAUGGACUUAGCAAGAUUUAGCCACUACAUGAAUGAUCUCUACAACAUCAUAGCAACUGCACAAGUUGCAAUGUCCUUUUUAGUAGUGGUGGUUGGACUAGCUGCAUAUGUAGCGUUCGGUUUCGUAAGUUGUAUUGGGGCCGUUAUAGUUUUUUAUACUGAAAUGUUAAUGUACUGUUUCAUUGGACAAAUCCUAGACAACACGAAUGAGCGGGUUGUAGCUGUUAUUUGCAACGCAAAGUGGUACACUUACAAAGUAAAAUAUCAAAAGGACAUGAUGGUGGCUUUGUACAUAGCCCAAAAUAUGCACCCGAUCCGUCUUGCUAACGUGUGCCCGCUUAACUUUGCGACUGGUCUAAAUAUAACCAAGAACAUAUACACUUUGACCAUGUUUAUGAUGGAAAUGUUUGACUAAUUUGCUAUAAUCUAUUCGUUUAUUUAUCGUCUGACUAAUGCAGUUGACGGCACCAAAAUAUGUUUUAUAACACUAAUAAAUUAAAGA